CUUUUCAGAUAUAUAUUCUACUUGCUAGGCGCUGUACUAAUAUUUCUACAAGUCUCAGCAUUACACCGGUCUGAUACUUGCAGAAAUGGAGAAAAUACCCUCACUCACCGCCGUGUACGGUAUCAAUGAGACGUACAUCGUCGAGCAGCUCGAGUAUGCUUUGAGCAUGGCCAAAGGCGAAGUUCCUCUGAAGGAGUUUUUUGUCAACAGUCAUCCGUAUACUGCUGCUGCCUUGCUUCAUGUUGCAGUCAUGGGACUCACGUUUGUUAUCGGCACUUUGCAAGAUGAAUACUCCCAGGUUGAUCGUAUCUGGUCUUUGCUUCCGGCUUUCACCAUCAUCAUGUAUACUGUCCACAGCUACCUCAACGGCAUCGCAGCCAGCCGUCUUUGGAUCUACACCAUCAUCGUUGUAAUCUGGUCCGUGAGACUGACGUACAACUUUGCCCGCAAGGGAGGUUAUAGUGGAGUGGAAGAUUACCGCUGGCAGAUUCUUCGCUCGAAGAUGACUCCCUUGCAGUUUACAGUCUUCAGCCUUACCUUCAUCAGCACCGCUCAGAUCGCAUUGCUGCUCAGCAUCACCAGCCCGGCUAUUAUGUUUUACUACUCAGACAACGAGCAGAUUGGGAUCGGCGACAUUGGAUUUGCCUAUUCGCUUCUUGCAUGCGUACUUGUUGAAGGAAUCGCCGAUGACGACCAGUGGAGAUUUCAGAAGGCGAAAGCUGAAUUCAAGGCCUCAGGAAAAGUUUCGCAAGGAUACACGAAGCCACAGCUUGAGAGAGGAUUUUGCACUACUGGACUUUUUGGAUUUUCUCGACAUCCUAACUUCCUCGCCGAGCAAAUGUUCUGGGUUCUUCCGUACUUGUGGAACGUUCAUAUGACCGGCAAGUACAUCAACUGGACCAUUUUCGGAGCGGUUGGCUACGUUCUCUUGUUCCAGGCCUCUACGUUCUUCACAGAGUACAUCUCUACCGGCAAGUACCCUCAGUACGCAGAGUACCAGAGGACUGUCGGACGCUUCCUUCCGGGAUUCAGCCACUGGAAGGAGCCAUUUAAGUACGAGUAGUCGGAGCAGCUUGUACAUAUUCUGUAAAAUAGAAAAUCGUAUCAGAGCAGCCAAUAAUGUAACAAAAUCCAGUAGAAAGCUGUGACGCGGAGGUCACAAGUUGG